AUGAGUCCGCCUUGGCAACUUUUGAUUAUCCUUGUAUUGGCUGAUUAUUCACAUAGAAAGGCUUUUGCAAAACGGAGAAAAUGCCCAGGUUCCCUGUCGGAAGACAAAAUAAUUGCAGAACUCUUUAGAAAUUAUACAAAAAAAUUGCCGGAAAGUGAUGAACAAGAUGAAAGUGUACAUGUUCAAAUUGAGGUCUGUUCGAUUUAA